GGGUACAUGUAGAAAUUAAAUGAAUUUUUGAAGGAUAGUCAAGGCACCUGAAAGAGAGCGCUGACGCCGUGAUGGACGACCCAACUCAUGGGAAAGGCGUCUCGUGAGGCUCGCAAGGCCGGAAGCGAUGGCUAUGCAGAAGGUGACCUCCAACUGGAGGUUGCAAAGCUUCAGAAGGCGUUGUUGGAGGCGAAACAGCAGAACUGCGAACUCCAUGCGCGAGUGAAGCAACUACAGGAGCAGGUUUCUGCCGCUCAGAAAAUGGUGAACCAUGAGCCGGAUGAGGAGGACAAACAGCGGCUACUGAAGCAUUUGGAGAGCGAGGCUUAUGUGGAGCUCUUUGCAUCUCCCAUUGCUGGCGUGGGAGUUCGCGCGUUCCGGCCUAUCCCUGCCGGAGUGGAUCCUUUUCCCAUUUGCAACAUGCAUAUGGCGGCGAAGGAGCGCUUCUGCGUUUGCUCGGACGCAGAGUUGAAGGCCAUGCCUCCAGGGGUUUUCGAGAAAGUAAAGUCUUUCUUUGCAGCCUUGACGGAAGAUGAUGGCUGGACGCCACAAAGAAAUCGCAAGGGGGAGAUCAUCUACGGCGUGCUAUCAACAGGCAUGAACAACCUGAACUUAUCUUGGUACUUGAACCAUUCGGAUGAUCCCAACAUUGAGUUUUGCGAUGCAGAAGAGGAUGGUGGAUACAAUUCCUUUGUCACGAGGCGGCGAAUUGAAGCUGGUGAGGAGCUCACGACAGACUAUCGAGAGCUUGGAAAGGAAUUCUUUGAUUUGAUUUCGAAUUGAUCAAACAUAAUAUAUAUUAUUUG